AUGGAGCACGAUGCAGGGAAGAGACAACGUGGGAAUAGCAUCACGACUACUCCCGAAAGACCUGCGAAUAACGAUGGCCGAGCUGUACCCGAGGCUCAGGUAACGGAGAGACCGCAAGAAUCAGGGGAGAUUAAUAGCCACGACCCUCAGGGAUAUGAUUUACAAUCAUCCAAUACAUUCACGGCUAAUAGUAGCUCACCGCCCACAAAUCCCGCCCCAAGAUAUCCUUUUGAACGACCUACAACCUCAUCUAGUCAAGAAGGUUCCAGCACGUCAAAGAGAAGUGUACAAACGGUGGCCAAGUCGUCGUUAGAACCCCCGGUCACGAAAUCAACCUUGAGUGAACUCGAUGUGGAUAAAAUUGAACACAAUCCCAAACUUCGACACGAUAUUAAUUUCGAUCCCGAUUUACACUUUAGACCUAAUCUCGAUGGAGAAAAAGGACGAAAGAAGACUCAAAAAGCCAAUGAUUUUUGGGACAUGAUGCGUUUGCAACUUCAAGAUUAUUUGACGGAUCGUGAGCAAUUCGAAAAAGACUUGGGAGAUGCGGAAUGGUGCUUGCCAGCAACGCUCAAGGCUAUCAGAGGCAUUUUGGAAACAUUAGUCCCGCAGUGGGAUCGGUCUUCGGUCGAAGAGACCUUUAACGUCGAUUUGUUAAUGCAGCAAUUUCGCAAAGGCGUUGCUGAUCUUGGUAAACUUGCAAAAUGGCUAUCGCAACUCCUCAAAUGUCAUUGCGCACCGAUGAGAGACACUUGGGUGGAUGAAAUGGUCGUUCAGUUGAGUGAGGGUGAUAAAAACUGGGACGUGUCGAUGUUAGUCUCCGGAAUGCGAAAUCUGUUGGGUGUUUUGGAAGCUAUGAAACUCGAUGUCGCAAAUCAUCAAAUCAGAUGUUUGCGCCCACUGCUUAUCGAGGACACUGUUCAAUUUGAGCAAAAAUUCUUCGUAAGAAAAAUUGCAAUGGGUAGAGUAGACAUCGCUUCGGCACAUGAUUGGUUCAAAAAGGCAGCAAGCUUGCCAGAUAACGUUCACUUGGGCGCACCAACACGAAUUCAAGGAAACACAUGGGACUUCAUGAAAGCACUUGUAAAUCUGACGUUACCAUCCAAAGCCAUCGAACCUGUUCUUCACACCUUCUUUUUCGAUGAGGAGCGCUUGGUUAAACUUCGAGCGGAUAUGCUGGAUCUAAUAAAUCUCGAGAUUUGCAUGUUUUUGCAUCACAAACUUGACGCGGCAUCCAAAAUGAACGAGGCUAGAUCAGUACCACAGGAUGAUACACCUGUUGCUUCGUCGUAUAUUUCUUCUCCCGCGGAUGAGGGCGUGCUCUCGGCACCGACAAUCCCUUCUAAGAAUGAUUUCAAAGCCAAACGGAAGUACAAUCAUUUGGCUCAGGAGAGAGGUCAUUUCUCAAGAGAACUUUCAGAUAAACAGGUAUGGGUACGAAAUCUAGAGGAUGAAGCUACGAAUUCUCAAUCGUCCAGCGCACGAUCAUCUCCAUUAACUACUGCAUCUACGCCAGAAACAUAUCCUGUAACACCACUUUAUUUGUCUCUUCAAAAUUUGGAUUCUGCUUCACAAGUACGCACGUCUUUACAAGCUCUCCUAGCUUCAUCGUCAUCGCAAGACAGAUGGACCGCACUGUCCUCGAAUAUUGCUUUACAAAUUCUUCGUUCAACACCAACCCCUAUAGCACGCCUUCCAGCCUUUGAAUCUCAUCUCUCAUUCCACCUCUCAAAUUCGCGAUCUAAGCUUUAUCAGGAAGCAGAAGCACGAGUACUCUCGAAACUUUACCCCGAAUUACAAAAACUUGUCGAGUUGUAUACUCCUUUGACAAGUCUCCAAAUAUUUGAUGCGGCUAUGUCACCAAAAUCUACAAAUGGAGUUCUUAACGGGAAUGCUCCAGCAGCUGGACGAAAAGAGGAAAUUUCAUAUGUCUCAACCAGAAUUGCGCAUAUUGGCAUUCUACAUUGGAGGGUUUGGGCACCACUAGCAUAUCUCGUGAACCCCGAUGCUGAGGACGAAGGUGAUGUCAACAUGAUUCUUGAUGACGAUUUACCGGUUGACGAGUCUUAA